AUGCCUCUUGUAGCUUCCACGGGCAAACCCCGCAUUAUCCUUGGGUUGAUGACCUUUGGGCCAGACCGAUCCAAGGGAGCCCGCAUCACCAGCCUGGACGAAUUCAACCAGCAGCUCGACUACCUCCAAUCGCAGGGCUACAACGAAGUUGACACGGCGCGCAUCUACAUUGGCGGCGAGCAGGAAGGGUGGACUCGCCAAACGGGCUGGAAGGAGCGCGGCCUGAAGCUGGCCACCAAGUCGUAUCCACAGGUUCCUGGCACUCACAAGCCUGAGAAUGUGCGCGUGAACCUCGAAACUUCGCUCAAGGAGCUGGGCACCGACCAGGUCGAUAUCUUCUACCUGCAUGCCCCGGAUCGCUCGGUGCCGUUUGCGGAGACCCUCGAGGAGGUGAACAAGUUGCACAAGGAGGGCAAGUUCAUUGAACUAGGGUUGAGCAAUUACACGGCCUUUGAGGUUGCCGAGAUUGUGACUUUGUGUGCUGAGCGUGGAUGGGUGAGGCCGACUAUCUACCAGGCCAUGUACAAUGCGAUCACACGGUCAAUCGAAACAGAACUCAUCCACGCAUGCCGCCGAUAUGGUAUCGACAUCGUCGUUUACAACCCACUCGCUGGCGGUCUGUUCUCCGGCAAGAUCAAGAGCAAGGACAUCGCACCCGAGGAGGGCCGGUUUAGCGACAGUCACAAUGGCGGCCAGCGGUACCGAGACCGAUACUUCAAAGACGAGACCUUCAAGGCGCUGCAAAUCGUCGAGAAGGCGGCUGUAAAGAACAAUCUAACCCUCCUCGAGAUUGCCCUGCGAUGGACUGUACACCACUCGGCACUCAAAAUCAAAGAUGGCAAUGACGGCGUGAUUAUUGGCGUCAGCAGCUUUGAUCAGCUGAAGAGCAACCUGGCGGAUUUGGAAAAGGGACCUUUGCCUCAGGAUGUGGUGGAUGCGCUGGACGAGGCGUGGCUGGUGAGCAAGGCUACUACAGCGAACUAUUGGCAUUUAGAUCUCAAGUAUACGUAUAAUACUCAGGCGGCCCUCUUCAAGAAAUAG